AGCGAAGAUUGAUCAGUAGCUGUCUCCACGUGCAGCACUACUAAGUGCGGUCUGCUCCUGAUGUUGAGCGCCGCCCAAAAAUACGGGUUUUUAAACUAGGCUCCGACGUCUUUCUUGCAUCCAGGAUAUAUUUUGAACCUGUAGGUAGAAGCACAAGAAGUGCCUGGAGCGCGGAAACAUUCAUCAGCCUCGAAUAAAGUAGGCCGGGAGCAGGGAGCUCUCGAGGCAGCAGGAGAACAUUUUUAUCCACGUUUUCACAAAAAGAAAAAAUGCGACUAGAUGUUGUAUUGACGCGGUUCCCUCGUCGGUCUCGGUCCCGGCGUCGCGCAGAGCUGUUCCAGUAGCCGCGACGACCACGCAAAUAGAAGGCCUAUUCAACGAAAAAACGCAAUCCAGAAAGGGAGAAAGCACGAAGCGAAAUCACAAGCUAGGCCGUCAGUUAUUUUCGGCGCGCAACGACAAGACGAAGACACGUACAACCAACUCGUGCAGCAAGUUGCAUAGAAGUACUUAGCCGGUGCCGGUACUUAUUUCCACCUGCUACGUCGAAAAUGGACGCCGUGUUGGAGGGAUACUUCGACGAGUCACAUCGUCAACUCCAGAAGGGCGCCCCCGGGCCAAAACCCGGCCACCAGGACGAUGUGAAACUGCCACCAAUACACACGGGGACACAGCAGAGUGCAAGCAGCUGUACGCAUUUUUUUGGGGCAUUUUUAUUGUGCUUUCCUAGAUGAAAUAAAUCGAGUACGACUUCGUAUUACGAACAAUAGAUUGAGACCGCGUAAUUAUGGUCAUACACAUCCGAAUGCAAAUUACUACUACUAGUACAUACAAAUUCUACAGCCGCUGUACCGCCAGGAAUGCUCACGGACCACUCAUUCGAUAUGGCUAUGCAAGCGUCAGCAAAGAUGCCCCGAGAGCAAGUAUUCGAUUUUUUUAGUAGAAUAGAGGCUCAAUCUACUUUCCUCGGCAAGCUCAUGCCAAGCGUUCACGGAGUUUUCAUUCUGGCAAACCCAAACGAUAUAAAGUAGAAGAAAGACCACACUUUCUGCUGCUGCACAGGUGCUUCGGGAGAUUAUCAAAUGUAAAAAUGUCUGGGUCUGGAAGAAUGCGCGAUUUGUCAUGCAGCUUUUCCAUGACCCAUGAGGUCUGGAAUGCAGGACCUAGCAUGACAGAUUCUGCGCGAGCUGUUUCAUGCCUAUCCUGCAUGAGAAACUCCCUCCCGACUUGUUCAAAACUGGAUGACUGUUGGUAAUCAUGCAACACAGAUUCUUGCCUGUUUCAGAUUUAGCAUGACAAGUUGCAUUCUUCCAGACCCAGACAUUUUUACAUUUCAUAGAGAUUUUGGAGGAACGAUAUGAGGAAGUAGUGAAGGAGAACGAGCGUCUGAACCGCAAUAUCAAACGGAAAAAUCCCCCCUCCCCAUAUCGAAAUGGAAAUCUGUGAUGCAGGAUUUGAGGUACCAAAUCGACUUGUCAUGCUAGAAGGCCAAGAGCCGCAGUCGUGGUCUCGUUUGCAGGCAAUUUGUCAUUCUGUUUCCCACUCUCAGCUGCCUCCUAUCAUGCUGAAGAUGCAAGGCUCCCCCACGCCACCCAGCACUACAGUCCGCAUCUUUUCCCGUGUAGCAUGACAGAGCUGAUUUGUGACCACAAAUCUGCAUUCCCUGGAGCUGCAAAUCUGCAGUGUUCGUCUUUUUUUUUCCAAUAACAUGCUGAGCGUGUUUUUUCCUGCGUCCUAUCCUCUUUUUUUUCCCCCUUGACUGAAAGAAUCUCUUCUGGUUUUUUGCGUACGAUUUUCUUCUUGUUCCUGAGAGACCGUUAAGCGUUUUUUCUUCCUCUAGCCUGCGCCUCUGUUUCUCUGUUGUUUUUUCGCUUUUUUCUCAUCUUUGAUGAUCCCCUUGGCUUUUGUCGAGUCUUAAGCAUUUUCUCCCUAGGCCGCUUUACUUGCGAUUGAUAGCCCCUCGCGCCCUUGGUAGCUAGUGAGCCCCUAAGUAAGUUUUUGCUUUUCGCUUUUCUCAUCGUCUGGCCCUUUACAUAUUUGCCCUCGUAGUCUAAUGGCUUCCGCUUCAUAAUCCCUGCCCUAGUACAUGCUCUGUUUCUCUCGUGCCCAAAUUUUCUCCUGCUUACGUGGUGGGUUUCGCUCCUGUCUUUCAACAAAUACAGACCACGGCCUUUUUUUUUCAACCUUUCACUUCUUGGAUUUUUUCAGCCAAACAAAAAAGCAGGUCGCAACAGGGAGAGGGAUCAUGACUAGCCACGUAGAUGUCGUUGAACAUCCGGCAGGAAAAUCCCAACCCCUGCAAGCCCGGGCAACGUGGUAAGGCAGACGGGAACGCCCAAUAAACCUUCACUAGAUCGCAUGCAAACAGGCCUCGGCACCUGUUUGCAUAUCGGUCGACGUGAGCACCGCGGCAGCAUUAGGGUCAAAAUGAAAACUAGGAAUGAGAUUCAUCGUAAGUUUAGUAGCCAAAACAAACUGCCGCCAUGUAAAAAAAAAAAUCUGCAUCACAGAUUUCCGUUUUGAUAUGGGGAGGGGGGAUUUUUCUUCUUGAUACGCAAGGCACGAAAUCUGCAGGAGCAGGUGUCCAUCUUGCAGGCGAAGAAAGAAGCAUACAAAAGCCAGAGCGGGAAGAGCGAGAAGGAGGUGGAGGCCAUGCAAAAAGCCUUCGACGCGGUGCAGCGCGACGCGCAGAGAAUACAGGGCGAAAACGAGUACUGGGCAAGCGCCAGUAGGGAGGCGGUGGACAUGAUGAACGAAAUGAGACAAAACCAUAUCGUGGAGGUCCGCUUACUGCAGCGCGGUCUUCAAAACCGGCAAGGCGGAGAUAGCAAAAAUACGGUACUACAUUUUUGUUGCAUUCUGCUCCUUCGGACCAGCUCCUGGACAUGCUUGCUGCGUGUUUUGUUGACUUUGCAGGAGCUUGCAUGCUGCAGGAAGAAGAAGCUGAAGCAGAAGGAAUAACACGAAAAAGGUAGAAAGGGAAAUAUCAAUAUGUUGAUACGAGAUGUAGAUGUUGUGUAGACGAAGAAAUGCCAAGGCAAGUGGAGUAAAAAUCUUACCUAACAGGUGAAUGAAAUGGCCGACUUGCUAGACAAGUUGGGUAAAUGCAUCGUGCAACGCGACGAGGUGAUGAAGGAAAAAACAAGACUAAAAGCGCAGCUCCACCAGGCUCGACAAGAGGUCAAGACGCUCCAAGACGAACGAAGAAAAGUCGCGGCCACAAACAAAAAGUUUCAGGUACGAGUGUUGGAAGCUUCGUAGUAGUCCCUCUAGGUGCAGCAGCUGGUAGCGUGAACUAUGAAAAUGAAUGUAAAAAUAGAGCGCACUAUGCGGUAAUUUUGAUCUAUCGUGCUCGAGCUCGACCGAGAAGAAGAAGAAGAUGAAGUACUUCUACAAAAGACGCGAAACAAUAUACUCAGUGCUCUUGCACUUGCGGCUUCUAUCUCUUUGUUCUGUUAAUUAUCAUCAGCUUCUCCAUCUCGCAUUUGCAGGUCCAGCUGGCCGAAGUUCAAAAAGCAAAUGCGAUACUAAUGGGAGAUGUCGGAGGUGGGGGCGGAAAGGGCGCCAAUGCCGAAGAGGACCUCUCAGACGAAGAGUUUGAGGACGAGCUUAGCAAUUUUGAAAGGAGAUACCAGGUAGAUGAUGAUGAAUAUCUGUUGACUGAUAUGUAUGAAAAAUCCGACGCAGGCCGAAGGUUUUUUUUGUAGUGUGGUCCUCGUCACACUUAUCGCCUGGAAGUUAGAAGUACUACUAACUUCUUGUUUACAAGGUCCUCGACGAAGGCGCGAAGGGCUUGGAUCAUUGGGUAGAAUCCCUGCACAGGGAGCGUGGGCUGCUGGAAAAGACGAAAACCGAACAGCAGGAGCUGAUCCAGUCUCUGGAGCGUAACGUCAAGUCCUACCACGCCCUUUGCGACCAAAAAGACCUGAAGUACUCCGAUCUAGAGUCGAGGUAUGCAAAAGUCCAGGCGGAAUACGCGCGGCUGCAAAGUCAGGUACAGAAGGAAGUACGACAAAAAAAUCCAAAGAAUUCGAAAAUGACGAAGACCCACUACUUGAAAACUGCAAAUAACAUUCGAUCCAUAACAUCUACCUAGGUUGCCCAGAGGCAGCAGGACAUCGAGUACCGAAUCGAAGCCGAAAGACGAAACUUCGAAGUCCGCAUCAAGAAAAUGCAGACCGAGUUCGAGCAUGCAAGCAGCACGGCGAUGGGGUAGCGAAUUUUUUCAUUUUCUGCGAAGAUCAUGAAGAAGGAUGAGCUCCUGCUUCUCUGCUCGUUCGACUGUGGUUUUGAUUCAUGAUACAAAGUUAGCGCAGACGGCGCACGUGCGUCGCGUCUCCAUUUGUCUUUUCACAUCGUGACCUUCGUUUUCGAAACUACACAGUUACCAGUCAUUAAACGAGAAGCUGCAGAACGAGCUGAUGAAGGUGCACGACGCAUACACCGCCCUUGAGAUCGGCGCGACAAUGGCGGACCCCGAGGAGGAGGCGGAGCGGAGGCGCAUCGAGGAGCAGAGCCGGGACCCCAACAAGCCGAAGGUGGUGUUCCCGGAGGAGAGGAGCGACAAAUACGACAUUCUGUCCGAGGUGCCGCUCGACCCGGCCACCUUGCAAUUAUUCGUGCGCGACGUGAUCGCCGACGUGGUGAACCGACAGGCCGACAAGCUGAACUUCGGGCACCUGAGCGUGGAACAGCAGUUCUUGCCCGUGUCGCUGACAAAUUUGAAAGACGUCACCGGGACCGGAAUCGGGUGGACGGGCGAACCAAACAUGCUCGCCGCCCUGGCCACAUUUUGCCGAACCGGGGAGCUUCUCAAUAUGGAGGUAAGUACUUGUUCUCAAUUUUUCAAAAAUGUUUCCCGCGGUCCUCUUGUCGUAUAGAAAAAAAAGUUGCUCGAACACUAACUACGACCGGCUGCAUUGCGCUUCUGCUGCGCUCUGCAUCGGCUGCGUGCUCGCUGCUUAUCUCUCCCCCCGAUCUACGUCAAUGAACUAGCGGCUGUCACCACAUAAAAUCCUAACUUCAGGUAUGGCUUGUUGCCCCAGAAAAGAUGGAAGUUCGGGGUCACGAAAUCGCGAGCAACGAGAAAUUUACGCUGGAGCUACCGGAGGAAUUGCUAAGCGAACUCGACCAGGACGACCCAUGGACAGAACUCUUCCAGAUGAUAGGUAGCAUUGACAAAAAACACUGCUGUUUUUUUUGUCUUGCGAAGGAAGUAGGCCCAUUUGAUGCAGUGCUCCUGCGUAGAUAUAAGAAGAAUGACAAGAAGUUAGCUUGGUUUGAAUGGUGCUCGCAUGUUGAUGUGUUGCGUCAGACUCAGACACGACAGCACUAUGGCAUAAACAUGCCGAGUGUCGUGUUACUGACGUACUCGAACAAUUUGAUAUUUGGUUUUGUUCUAUUUUGUGCCCCUGCCCUCGCUGUUUUCUUCAGGUCUGCAAACCGGCCCACCACGAAAGCUGGUAUUCCCGACCCUGCUAGGGCGGAAGGAGAUUCAGAUAAAACCGGACAACCUGGAGGUGAUUCUGACGAUCUACCAGUACGAAAAUCGGCGAUACUACUUGCAGGUGUACGAAGUUGCGUCCCAGCGCAUGGGCGACCUUAUCCUGAACGAGGAAAACGUCACCGACGACAUGGCCGCGGCCAUGGGCCCGCUGCUGCGUAAGCCAGAGUUCCUCUACGAAUUCAUUCGGAAGUGCUUAACCCUGACCGAGAAGGACAACGAGGCAGGGCCGCUCGAGCCCAAGGUUCUCGACCUGGUCUGCACGUACGACAAGGAGAACCCGCCCCCGCCACCGGGGCAGGAGUAAACUUCUGCAACUGAGGCUGCGGGGACGAUGCAACUAUAGAGCCGAUCCUUGAUACUUUGAGUUUGCGAUCGCAAAGUAGACGAGGAACAGCGCAUGCACAACAAUAAAAAUGAGCUCGUUCUUAAUUUUCAGGGGCGGUGAAAGCAGAAGAUUCAGAUUGCUAGUGUACGAACUAUGUCCAAUGGUUUCUUUACUAAACAGUCAACUAAUAAACGCAAGAGGUAUAUAUGAAAAUUCGAUGACCCGGAAAGAACCCGAAGAUGCACUCUCGGCUCGCCGGUCGCGCCCGAAUGAUCCCAAAAUAACCAAAGAACAUUUAUUUAUAGCAAAAACUUGAGGCUCCGGCUUAUUUAUGUUUUGUAUCAGUUUGAGCAAAAAUCACCCACUGCGAGCACCAUCCGCGUUCACGUUUCUGGCAUCCAGGAAUAGUCGUGCACGUGAGCCGCGUGACGCUGUGGUACUAGAAGCAGGAGCACAUCAGCCCUAGUUACCAUUUCUUUCAAGUCUACAAAGUCACACAGUUUUUUCAGAUGAACAAGCAGAGGUCGCACAAGACCCGCCAGUGCUGUUAAUCCCACAGUUACGUUUUACGAUAAAUCAACAAGUAGUAGGGUGCUACCGUCGUCCGGCGCCGGCUCGCAUCAGAGGAAAUUAAAUCUACGAAAACAUACAGAAAUGCCCUUGUAUCUCCUCGAACUUCUCUCUGUAGGAUACGUAUGUUGAGAAUUUGGACAAAGCUAUCCUCGUCGAAUGAAAAAACUGUCCCUGCGCGGCCUGCUUCGGUGAUCGGGCGUACCAUCUUGAAAUGAAAGAAAAAUACUUUGUACAAUAAAUGGACAGAUUGAGGAUAAGGGUAUGCAUCAGCAUGGCAUGUGCAUCGGGCAAGGCCAAGAGCACAAUGCCGAAAUUGAAAGAAG